AUGCCGUUUCCUCCGCCGCCUGUAGAAUCCAUUGAUUGGGACAACAUAGGCUUCAAAGUCCGCGAUGUCAAUGGCCACAUCGAAUCAUAUUACAGCGUCAAUACCGGCAAAUGGAGUGAACCCCAAUUCAUCGCGGACCCUUAUCUCCGCAUACACGGCAUGGCACCUGCCCUGAAUUAUGGCGAGCAAGCAUUUGAAGGGAUCAAAACAUUUCGAACACCAGACGACCAGAUAGCUAUCUUCCGCACCAUGGCCAACGCAAAACGAAUGGCCCACUCUGCCGGAUUUGUCGCGAUACCCCCUGUACCAGAAACACACUUCGUCAAAUGCUGUCACCUAGCAGUAGGGCUCAACGCCGAACAUGUCCCUCCUCAUCGCACCGGUGCUUCCAUGUACAUCCGGCCCCUGGUAUAUGGAAGCUCCGCACAUCUCGGACUAACCCCGCCCGGAAGAGUUUACCUUUGUUGUCUUUGUGGUACCGGUUGGCGUCUUCCAUGGCGUUCAUCCCGUCGACGCCUUGAUUCUUGA